AUGGCCAUUGAAAAAUCAAAUUCCUAUGAGAAUUUAAAACAUUACAUUGCUAUGAUAUGCUUACAAUUUGGUUAUGCUGGUAUGAAUAUCAUCACUAAGGUUUCACUUAACCAAGGCAUGAGUCACUAUGUUCUUGUGGUUUAUCGCCACGCUUUCGCAACCGCUUCUAUUGCUCCAUUUGCACUUAUGUUUGAAAGGAAAGGUCAACCAAAGAUAACAUUCAGAAUUUUCAUCCAAAUUUUCAUCCUAGCUCUUCUUGGGCCAGUGAUUGAUCAAAAUUUCUAUUACGCUGGAUUGAAACUCACAUCUCCAACUUUCUCUUGUGCAAUGAGCAACGUGCUUCCAGCCAUGACUUUUGUCAUGGCAGUUUUAUGCAGGAUGGAGAAGAUAAACAUAAAGCAAGUGAGAUGCCAAGCAAAGAUAUUUGGAACAAUAAUGACAGUGGCAGGUGCAAUGCUAAUGACAUUAUACAAAGGACCAAUAGUGGAGAUGAUAUGGGCCAAACAUAGACAUUCUCAAAAUGAAACACAUGAAACAACCACCACAGGUUCUUCUGAAAGAGAUUGGAUUUUAGGUUGCACUUUCCUUAUCAUUGCCACUUUUGCUUGGGCUUGUCUCUUUGUUUUGCAAGCAAAAGUUAUUGAAACGUACAAGCAUCAUCAAUUAAGUCUCACUUCACUUAUGUGUUUCAUUGGUACUCUUCAAGCUAUUGCUGUUACUUUUGUGGCUGAGCAUAAUCUUUCUGUUUGGAGGAUUGGUUGGGAUAUGAGUUUGCUUGCUGCUGCCUAUGCUGGAAUUGUGACAUCAAGCUUAGCAUACUUUGUGCAAGGGCUAGUGAUUAGGAAGAAAGGGCCUGUAUUUGCAACUGCCUUUAGCCCACUUAUGAUGAUCAUUGUUGCAAUCAUGGGUUCCUUUAUCCUUGCGGAACAAAUAUACUUUGGAGGUGUGAUAGGGGCCAUCUUGAUUGUUAUAGGUUUAUACUCAGUUCUGUGGGGAAAGCAUAAGGAAGAAACAGAAAGAAAAAUAGAAAAUGAUAUUCCUUUGCCUAUAAAAGGUGUUCAAAUUGGUGCAAAUUCUGGGCCAGUGAUUGAUGACAAUGAUCAAGUGAAAAAUGGUCAAGUUGGAGAUACUAACAACAUGCUUUCUUCACUUGCAAUAACCAUGCCUACUAAAGGGCCUACUACUAAUAAUGUUAACCAACAAUAA